AUGGGCCGUCUUGAAGGAAAGAACGCUAUCGUCACCGGCGCUGCUGGCGGCAUCGGACUGGAGACAUCGAUCCUUUUUGCACGUGAGGGCGCCAAUGUCCUCCUCUCUGACAUCUCCGGCCCAGCACUGGAAAAGGCCCUGGCCAAGCUCCGCGAAGUAGUCCCGGCCGCCAAAGACCUCAAGGUCGAGACCAAGAUCUGCGAUGUCUCCAAGGAAAGUGACAUCGAGGCCAUGAUCGCACACGUUGACGCCUGGGGCGGCCUAGACAUCAUCUUCAACAACGCCGGCAUAAUGCACGCCGACGACGACGACGCCGUCAACACACCAGAGAAGAUCUGGGAUCUGACCCAGGCCAUCAACGUCAAGGGUGUAUGGUUCGGCAGCAAGCACGCCGUUCUGAGCUUCCGCAAGCACGGAAAGAAGAAGGCCAGCGUCAUCAACACUGCCAGCGUCGUCGGUCUCGUCGGCUCCGCCACACCCCAGCUGGCGUACACAGCAAGCAAGGGCGCUGUUCUGGCACUGACGAGGGAAUUGGCCAUGGUGCACGCCAGGGAGGGCUACAGGUUCAACUCGCUGUGCCCCGCGCCAUUGAACACGCCUCUCCUGCAGGACUGGCUCGGUGACGAUGCAGAGAAGCGCCACCGCCGCGAAGUCCACUUCCCCACCGGCCGCUUCGGUGAAGCUAUCGAGCAGGCCCAAGCCGUUCUCUUCCUCGCCAGCGACGAGAGCAGCUUCGUCAACGGCACCGACUUUGUCGUCGACGGCGGCAUGACCAAGUGCUACACAACGCCCACCGGCCCGCCCACCGCAGCGCCGCAGAACAACGCCCGGUAA